AUGACCUAUGGAGUUGCUUCUUCUUUUUCUUCUUCCUCCCGUCAGUGGAAGUAUGAUGUCUUUUUGAGUUUUUGCGGUCAGGACACUCGCACCCACUUCAUCGAUUACCUCUUUAACUGGUUGCAUCGGGAUGGGAUUCACACCUUCAGAGACGACAAAAAGCUAAACAGAGGAGAGAAUAUAUCUUCAGAACUGAUGGAAGCAAUAGAAGGUUCUAGGAUUGCAAUUAUCGUCUUCUCUAAGAAUUAUGCUUCUUCCACCUGGCAUCAGCGCAACACUUAUGAGAAGGCAUUUAAGGAACACGAAGAGAGUUUCAAGAAUGAGAUGGAGAAGGUGAACAGGUGGAGGGUUGCUCUCAAAGAAGCAGUGGAUUUGUCAGGGUGGGAUCAAGAAAAGAUUGCAAAUGGGCAUGAGGCCGAGCUUAUAAAAGAAAUCGGUGAAGAAGUGUUGGCAAUUGUGAAGCCCAAAUACUUGGAAGUUGAAGAGCAUCCAAUUGCGUUAAAGUCCCACAUUAACUGCAUAGUAGUGUCUUUCUUGCUAAUGUUAGAGAGGGCUCAAAACACAAAGGGUUUAACUUUCUUACAAGAACAGCUUCUCUCUGGUGUCUUGAAGAGAAAUGAAGAGAGAAGAAUUUACCAUGAGGACGAAGGCAUCAUUAUUAUCAAAGAACGUCUAUCAUGUAAAAGAGUUCUUGUUGUUCUUGACGAUGUGGAAGAAACGAAUCAAUUCUAUAAAUUAGUGGGAGGGCAUAAUUGUUUUGGUCCGGGAAGUCGAAUCAUCCUAACAACUAGAAAUAAACCUUUGCUAGAUAGCCUGGAUGUGAAUGAAAAACAUCAAUAUAGAGUGGAGACAAUGAAUCAAAAUGAAUCCCUUCAACUUUUCAGUCUCCAUGCCUUUCGUCAAAAUCAUCCAUUAGAAGAUUAUCAGCAGCUCUCAAAUGAGGUAAUACAUUAUGCUGAGGGCCUUCCAUUAGCUCUUGUGGUUUUGGGUUCUCUUUUAUGCAACAGAAAAAAAGUAAUGUGGGAAAGGGAAUUGAAGAAUUUAAGAAAGAUACCCAAUAACUAG